UUUGUGAUUACGCACAUAGAUGGACUGUAUUCAUAAUUUACGAAACUGAAAAGGAAGAAGAAAUACGAGCAUUUUGUCUCCCUCCUGAAAAACGUCUAAUGACGUCAGACUCAUUCCCACAAUGCCUAGUAACACGCAUGCGCACAGCAAAAAGAAAAAGACAGCAAUCGGAGAUCAGAGAUGGCGGGCGCCUCCGACCCUCUGGAAGAUAUGCUCUCUUCCGAGGUGGACGAGAAGGCGGUGAGUGACUUGGUGGGCUCCCUGGAGUCUCAGCUGGCCGGUCAGAGCAACUCGGGGGGCAAAACCGACGAGAGCCGAGGCGCUGGCUCAGUUGCCCCCGCUAACCAUCACUUGGGGAAAACGCUACCAGCUCCGGUGGGCUGCACAACACUAGAUCAACAACAACAAGGGCGCCGUAAUAAAACCGACCUGCACCAGGAUUUAAACUCCACGGAAAAAACUGUCACACCUCCUUUCCAGAGCAGCACCCUUUCCUCCGGUGAGACUGCUGCAGCCGCCGCCAGUAACAGCGGGUCGCAAUCACAUGGCGCAUCCAUCACAACACUGCCCGCGUCCGGCGUGUCAACUUCCCCGCCGGCCAGCAGCAUCAGCACCGCCGCUACCCCCGGUGGCCCCACGAAGGCUUCCCCGGACUCAGAUGAGCCUCACGCGGACGCUUCAAAACGACGCCUCGCCAGCCCGCGACGGAGCGCCUCUGCUCGGAUCAAGAGUUUGAACGGUGCCGCCGUAACCACCCGAGGAAACAGCAGUGGCAGCAGUCCCGCGGCGGGGGGCGACGACGCUUGCGAUAGCCCCGCGGACUGCCGACCGGCGAGCACAGCAGCCAUCAAUACGUCGACGUUCACCCUUGCCAAUGCCAGCCUACCUGCGGGUCAGUCGGCCAUCGCCUUGGACCGGGGCACCCCCACAAUCGCCUUGCACAGACUACCCAGUCACAUCGUGGCCGGCAUUGCCCAGAACGGGACCAGCGUGUCAGCAAUGGCCCAGCAAGGUGCCCAGACGCCCCCUGUCACCUCGCCCCCAUCUGCCUCCUCUUACUCCUCAUCAUCGUCCUCGCCACCUGCACAGGCGAACCACAGUAAAAUCGCCCCGGACCCCGCAGAGGCUCCCAGCGAAUGUCAGUCCAAAAGUGUCACCACGAGCUCUGUCAUAAACACUGUUUCCUCCGUUGCCGUGACAACAACACCCACCUCCAGCUCGACCACAGUAGCUCAACCUUUAACCACAACUGCUACGACAACCACGACCACCACCACCACCACCAUACCAGCUGCCUCAGUGACAACAAGCUGCAUUGGCGUUCAGAUUACAUCAGUGACCACCACUAUCAGCACGGUCCGACCCACCACCGCCGCCCCCGCGAUCCCUGCCGCCCCCGCCAUCCCCACUGCCCCCGCCAUCCCCGCUGCAGCCUCACCAACCAUGCAGACCCCUACCCGGCCCGGUUUGGCUGCACCUCAGAGGAUCGUUGCACCCCAGCUCAUUGUCAGACCACCCCAGCAGCAGACCACUAUUCAGCUGCCACCUGGGUUCACCAUUCCGUCUGGCAUGGUGCUGGUACGGACCGAGCUGGGCCAGCUGGUGUUGGUUCCUCAGCAGGCUUUGGCUCAAGCUCAGGCGCAGGCACAAGCGCAGGCACAGGGUCAGGCACAGGCCCAGAAUAACAUCUCUCCGCGACCUGCCACUCCCACUACCGGGACGUCCUUCAGAGUAAGCACUCCACAGUCUCCAGCAACCUCUCAGACCACCAGGCAGUGUGCCCUGACCCCGGCCAAGGUGGCACCGUCUCCCUCUCCUGCUCCUUCCAGCCCUGCCCUCCAGACCACCUCCUCCUCCUCCUCCUCCUCUUCUUCCUCUACUUCUUCCUUCGUUACCUCCUGUCCCGCACUACGCCCAAAGGGCCCCGUGGCGCCGGCCGUGGCGGUGACGGCUCCGCAGCAGACCCCUGUGGUUUCCACACCCCAGGCCCUGCCGGCCCAGGCUGCCUCACAACCCCCGCAGACGACGGGCAUCGCCGUGACCCCUGGAGCUCCUGUCGUGUCCCAGGAAAUGCAGGAAAACGUGAAAAAGUGUAAAAACUUCCUAGCCACGCUCAUCAAGCUGGCAUCACACAACUCCCCGUCGCCUGAAACCUCCAAGAACGUCAAAGCUCUUGUGCAAGACCUGCUGGAUGCCAAAAUUGAGCCGGAGGAGUUCACGAGCCGGCUGCAGACGGAGCUCAAGUCGUCACCACAGCCUUACCUGGUACCCUUCCUUAAGAAGAGCCUCCCGGCCCUGCGGCUGUCUUUGCUUAACAGUCAGCAGUCCUUGACCCAGCCACCGCAGCAGGGCAUCAAACCAGCAGUGCCCAUUGUGAGCGGGCCGGCCGUCCACGUACGUCCCCCGAACAGCGUCGGGGCCACGGGUACCAGCGUGCUGCCCCAUGGGACGAUGGGCCAUGCAGCCGCCGCGGGUAUGAAGACCACAGGCCCCGUGGGCGGACAAGUCCGAAUGCCUGUGAUGAUCACACAGUCCAUGAGAGCUCAAGGCACAAUGGGGAAGGUGGGCACCUUCCAAGCAGGGAGGAGUACGGUGGGCUUGGCUGUCCAGAUCUCCGGCAACCAAAAAAACAAGCUCAACGACCCCGGAGGAGGCUCUUUCAGGGAUGACGACGACAUCAACGACGUGGCCUCCAUGGCGGGCGUUAAUCUGAACGAGGAGAGCGCCCGCAUCCUCGCCACCAACUCGGAGCUGGUCGGCACGCAGAUUCGCUCGUGCAAGGAUGAAGCCUUCCUGCACCCUGGGCUCCUCCACCGACGCAUCCUGGAAACAGCCAAGAAGUUUGGUGUCAUGGAGGUGCCCAUGGAGGUCGUGACGUUUAUAUCGCACGCCGCACAGUCGCGACUUCGCACAGUCGUUGAAAAGGUUUCGGCCAUCGCGCAGCACAGACUGGACUCCUGCAAGGACGACGAAUGCUAUGAGCAGUCGGCCGACGUGCGCUCUCAGCUGCGCUUCUUCGAACAGCUAGAGAGGAUGGAAAAGGCGAGGAAGGACGAGCAGGAGAGAGAGAUCCUCUUGAAAGCCGCCAAGAGUCGCUCCAGGCAAGAGGACCCAGAGCAAGCUCGACUGAAACAGAAAGCCAAGGAGAUGCAGCAACAGGAACUGGCCCAGAUGAGGCAGCGGGACGCUAACCUCACGGCACUAGCGGCAAUCGGACCCCGCAAAAAACGCAAGGUGGACUCUCCGGGUGCCACCCCAUCAGGGACUGAGCUCUCGGGCAGCGCUGCGGGAUCGCCGGCCGGGUCGUCGUCCACGCCCUCGUCGUCGUCUCGCCAGUACGCCCGCCAGCGCAUCACCCGCGUCAACCUCAGGGACUUCAUCUUCUACAUGGAGCAGGAGCGAGACACGGCCCAUUCGCUGCUGCUCUACCGCGCCCUCCUCAAGUAGCCGCCGCCUCCUCUUCCUCCUCUUGCCACGUGCCUUCAGAUCAGGUGUCAGCUCGGUGUCUCCAUACGCGCGCUCGUCGUCAAUCGGCUUCCAUAUUCACGAGAGGAAAACGGUAGGAAGAAAAUGUCACCCAAAAUGGCUUCGUUUGCGUCUUUGCCGUCUUGCUUUUCACAUUCGCGUAGGGAUGAUUGCGUUUUAAGGCCGCCGUGCAUUUUUAACGGGUUGUUUAAAACAUUUUAACAGUCCAUCGAGUCCAAGUCAGGCUUGAGGUUUAUCGACCACGUGUCAGUCUAGCAGAUUUCAACAACACAUUUCCCUCACCGUGAAUGUAAAUAGUUGGGUUACAUUUUUAUUUUUAAAUUUUUGUGGGGUCAGUUGACAUGAAUGCAUAUGAGUAUUAUGAAAGUAAACAUUUUAUCACGCCGCGUUUUAGAUCCGUUUUACGAAGGUGUACGAGGGCCAGACUGACGACCACAAUAGUUUUUUUCUUUGAAAAGUUGUAAUGUUAUGGGAAUACAAGGUCCUUUUUAUUUGGAAGUACAACCACAGAAAUGACACUUUAAUGUAAAUUAAUCAUUGUAUAGCUUGAAGUCAAUUUUUUGUCCUCUCAAAAUAAUUCGCAAUAAUCCGCACACAGCCAUUAAUGUCUGACCUGCUGACAAGAAAGAAAAAAAAAGUGAGUACACCCCUAGGUCAAAAUUGUUUGUAUGCCCGUCCGUCGUCAUGCCACCGGAAUCCUUGUCCGCGACGACAUGACGCAGCUGGCCGAUGUUCGAGACCUUGUGCUCGUCCAUCUUUAAGGUCUAGGUCCCUGUUUUGGCCAGUUCAUCUUUACUACCCGCUGCUUUUUUUAGCAAGGCAGCGGUGGUCCUGAAAGUGUGUUAGGAGUAAUUCUCAUGCUGGAAUAAUACCUUGGGCUCCAGAAAAUAAUGCUCCCAACACGCUCGAGGUUAUUCAUCAAAAGAAAAAAAUUCUUGGUCUCGUCAGACCACAGUACAUGGCUCUGAUCAUUUCAUGCCCUUCGUCUGCUAUCUUCACCAACCAGCAGCACUUAUUAUGCAACAGAUUUAGAAGUGGCUUUAUUUUCGGAUGACAACCAAUUUGAGGCCAAUUUUUUUUCUGGUCCGUUUUCAUCAGAUCCUCAGAGCUCUUUGAUACAAGGUCCUAUUUUGAACUUCCCUUGAACAGCAUGGGCGAGUGUGACACCGAUAUCAAAUUUAACGCACCUGCUACUCAUUCAUUCGUAAAACCUUGCCAUACCAAGUGUCACAUGACAUGGGGUCGGGGGGGUCGGGGGGGGGAAUCCAAAUUGCACAUUUUCACUGUGGGGUGUGCUUACUUUUGUUUUCUGCGGUUUAGAAAACAAUGGCUGAGUGUCGAGUGAAAAAAAAAAUCAAACAAAAAUAUCAGGGCCGUAUGCUAUUCUACUGUAUAUAAGUCACGUUAAAAAUGAAAACUGGAUUAUUACGAGUGUGCAUAUUUUUUCCCACAAAACAAGCAUUAUAAAACGAGCAUUUUUUUCUGAGAACUAAUAAUGAACUUUGCAUUUUAAGUCUUUCUAGCUUAUUUGUGAAAACGUUUUAAUCUUUUCUAAAACGUUCUAAAAAAAUGUCUCAUUUGUGUUAUUGUGUGACAAAGGAUAUAUAGUUUUUCCCUUAAAGACUUUGCCCCACCCCCCUAAAAUGAAAUCUUAUUUAAUUUCAUAAUGUAAUUUGUGACAGAGACAUUUAAAAUCACAAAAAAAGGAUCUAAUGAAAGUUGUUGUUUUUAAAACAAAACUUAUCAUUCCAUAAAAGAAAACAAAAUCUGUGCUUUACUCUUAUUGUUAUGCACCUUUUUAAAAUAAUAUUAUUAUGUAAAACUUUUUUCCUCGAGUCCUUAAAGUUUAUUUUCAUAACAUUACAACUGUAUUCUAUUUUCUUUUUUUUUUUUAAUCAUUUCAGCGGCUUCAAUACGCCUUCGUACACUUUUAUUUUGUUCACCUGUUAGUGUUUGUUACCAGACGGCCCGUUGCCAUAGUUACAAGUUCAACCCACACACUUUGAUUUUAUGACUGCAGAAAGUGUGCAGUUUGUGCAAAUGUUUGAAGAACAAAACAACAAAAAAAAGAAUGUUUCAAGUCUAUCAAGUGUUUUUUUUAAAUUUUUUUGUGGUGCACAUGACUCAACUCAUAUGGACUGACUAAAGAGUGAGGCAUUCAGGCUUGUUGUUACACAUGAUCUUUUAUUGUUAAACUAUUUUAUAAAUGUAUAAACGCAGAAUCAUUCUUGUACGUUGAUGUACGUCGUUUGUUUUCAUGACUGAUAACUUAAUGUGACAUCUCGGCCUAUGCAGUUUUUGUCUUUGGAAGAAAUGAAAUAUUUCAAACCGUUGGUUGCGCUCUGUUGUGAGUUUUGACAGCACUUUUAUUUUAUGAUAUAUUUUUUAAGUCCCCGUUUUAGCUGACAACUUCAAGCUGUCUGUUUAAUAUUGCUCAGAAAUGUCAACUUUUAAACACAAUUGAUCCUGUGCUUCAAAAGUCACAUUUUGCAUUUUGCUUUCAUUUUUACAUUUCAUAAGUUGGCUUUUAUGCACAUUUCCUCUAUUUUCUGCUCUUUGACAAGCACAACAGCAACAAUCUUGACUGAUUAUUAAUAUUUGUUUUCUUUUUUUUGAUAAUAACAAUCUCAUUUGCUUUUGGCAUUUUUACCGCUUGCAGGUUUUUUUUUUUUAUUUUAUUUGCCAAAACCUUGGGACAAUAUUAAAAAGAAAACAA